AUGGAUGAUAUUAAUCAAGAAAUCAUUUCUUCACAUAAAGCUGAAGAAAAUCCAUAUACAAGUACUCCAAUAUCUGAUUUGAGUUCUAGUUCAUCAAAAACAGUUCGUGAUUAUGAUAAAGAACUUCAAGAACUCAAACGUGAAAAUUUUAAUUUAAAAUUACGUAUUUAUUUCCUUGAAGAACAUACUGAAUCCGAUACCAAUACUAAUGAAUGUCAAACUCAAACAUCGUAUGUACAACAGUUACAAAAUGAAAUUGAACGACUUCAACAACGCAUUCAAUCCCAAUCCGAACAAACUGAUAAUCGUCAAACAGUCUACAGUUUUAACUAUGAUGAUGAACGUCGUGCAUUACAUGAAGAAUUGGAAAGAAUUCGUCAAGAAAAUGCAACACUUCGAAAAUCAUUUCAAUUAAAUAGUAAUAAAACUAAUGAUGAUGAACAAGAAAAAUUAAUAAUAAAAACACCAGCAGUUAGUCAUAAUAUUCAAACAGUAACAUCGUCAAUUGAUAUAGAUUUCAAUACAACAACGCCUGGAAUGUCAAAUACAUUUAUAAAUAAUAGUAGUUUACAAGCUGAGCUUAACGAAUAUAAAGAACGAGAACGAAAAUUGCAAGAACAAGUUAAUUCAUUACAAAAACAACUCGAAAUGUCGUUACCGCAAACAAAUGAAACGCUUACUGAAUUAGAUCGUGCUCGUCGACGACUUCAACAAUAUGAAAUUGAUAUUAAAAAUUAUGAACAACAACAAUCAAAAUCAGAACGAGUAUUACAACGUUUACAAGCUGAUUAUGAAGCUCGCAUUGCUCAUGAUGAAACAAGUUCGAAUAUUAAUAUUGAAGAAUAUCGUCAGACAAUUAAUGAUCGAGAUCGGAUAAUUCAACAACUUGAAGAAGCCAUCAAUGAAAUAACGAUUCGCUUACGUACACCAUUUACAUUGAUGCUUCCAUCUCAUUCAUCAACAUCGCAAUGGACAGAUGAACAUAGUCAAAAUUUAAUUGAUGAAUUGAAUUCUCAAAUGCAAGCUCAUCUUGAAACUGUUGAUCAAUUACGAGCUGAAUGUGUUGAACUUCGACGAAGUGAAGCAAAUCUAAGAAAUCAAGUUGAAAGCUUAACUCAACUUAUUAAUGCACCCAAUCGAAAUCUAGGCUUACCUCCUUUAUCACAUCAGCCAACAUCAUGUUCCAAGACUGUUGAUGUUAUCGAAGAUGCUCGACAAGUUCAAGAUCUUCAAACUGUAGUUGUUCAAAUAACAUUACAACUUCAAAGUGAUGCAGAAAAUGUAUCCGGUUUAACAAAUCGUGUUGCACAAAUGAUUCGAGAUCGUGAUGAACAAUUAGAAAGACGUGAACCAGAAGUUGAAGGUCGUAUUCGUCAACAAUAUGCAUUACAAAUUGAAAUACUUCAACGUGAUAUACAAAAUUUAGAAGAAGAACUUAAACGUCGUGAUCGUCUUAUAAAUGAACUUAAAAAUGAGAAGAAAGGAACACAAACACAGACACGAAAAGACUAUGAAAGAUUUGAUCAAACUAAUAAUCAAGAAAGAAUAAAUUUACAAGGUCAACUUCGAACAGCUAAUGAAAACAUUAUGAAUCUUGAACAACAACUAGUCGUUGAACGAAGACAAUAUGAUGAUUUACAAAGACAAUAUGAAAAACUUAGAACAUCACAAGUUGAACCAUUGGAAAGAGAAAUUCAAUUACAAAGAAUACAAAUUGAAAAAUUUAAUCUUGAAAUGCGUGAAAUGGAAACGAAAUUUCAAAAAGAAAGACGUCAAAUUGAACGAGAUAGAGAUUUUGAAAACGAAAAAAAUAUUGAAUUACAAAAUACAUUAAAUCUUACAAAUCGACGAUUUAAUGAAAUUCAAACUGAAUAUGAUAGAUUAAAACCAAUCUUUGAUGAACAACGAGGUCAAUACGAAAUACAAAUUCGAAUGUAUCAAAAUCAAAUAGCUCAAAUAGAUCAAGAAAGAAAUCAUACAAAUGAUGAAUUACAAAAUUUAAGACGUGAAUAUCAAGCUACUAUAGAUCGAUAUCGUGAUGUUGAUGGAAAAAUUUUUGAAUUAACAAGAAGAAAUGAUGAAUUAAAAUCACAAAUAUCUAUUUAUGAAAAACGAUUUCAUGAUAAUGAAGAUAAUGAUAAACGAUAUCAAAAUGAAAUAACUACAUUAAAACGUGAUAUUCAAGAUAUAUUACGAGAAAAUGAAGAAUGGAAACGUAACUAUGAAAUAAUAAAAGCUGAUUUAGAUAGUGUACAAUAUGAAAACGAAAAAAUUAUAUCGAAUUAUCAAACUGUGAAUCAUGAAAAUAUUCAACUUAAACGUGAUAUUAAUGAUCUUACAGUUCGAAUUCGUCUACAAGUACAACAAGAAUAUGAAGAAGAAUAUCGUCAAUUAAAUAGUCGUCGAGAAACAGAAAUUCAAACUGUUCGAAAAGAACAAGAAGCUAUUCAAAAUGAUCUUGAUCAAAUGAGGGCAGAAAGAACACGUCUUGCAGAUCGACUGCAAACAGUAGAAUAUAAUUUAAAACAAGCCAAUGAAACAAUUCAAAGCUAUACAUCUGAUAUUGAUCGUCUUAACAAAGCUCUUAAGUUAUCUGAAGGAAAAAAUGGAGAACUUGAACGUGAACUAUCACGAUCGUAUACCGAGGAAUUAAAAACGAAAACUGAUCGUAUUCAUGAUUUAGAAAACAAAUGUCAAUCACUUGAAAAACAAUUAAAUCAAUAUGAACAAAUAAUUCAUGAUCUUCAGCAAGAUAAAACAAAAUUAGUUGAAUCUUAUGAUCGUCUUCAACGUGAAUAUGAACAACAAAAUAGUCAUGUUUCUCCACAAACAAAUUUAACAACAGUUGAAGAACGUGUUGGAAAAGAAGUUGUUCAAACGAAUGAAAACAAACAGGAGUUGAUCGAUAUACUUGAACAAAAACUUCGUGAAAAAGAUCAUAUAAUUCAAAAACUUCAACAUGCUCGUUCAUCAUUUGAUGGAAAAGAUCUUCAAUUAGAUCUUGAAAUUGAAAUUGAACAUUUUCCACAAAAUCUUGAUACUGAAGAACAUUUUAUUCGAACCUUUACUGAAGCAUCUCCAGGACGAGAUCAAAAAUUUGAAAAAAUUCUUGAUAAUACUCGACAAGAUAAUACAUCAGUUAUUGGAACAUUUCGAGAACAAUAUUUAGUACGUGAUCAACGAAGUGAAGAAACAUUGAAUGAACGAACAAGAAAUAUUAAUGAAUAUGAACGUCGUAUAAGUGAAUUACAAACAACUAUUCGUGAUCGUGAACGUGAAAUUCUUAAUAUAAAUGCUAAAUUACAACAAAUUGAACAAACAUUUAAUACUCAACAACAUGAACUUGAUAUUUGUCAACAAAGACUUGAUAUUUCAAAUGUUGAUUUAAAUAUUGCAAUUGAAGAAAACGAAACUCAUUUAGAUAGAAUUAGAACCUUAGAAAAACAAUUAGAAAUGUCUCAAAUGCGAAAUAUAACAUCUGAACAAAUAGCUCAAUAUCAAACUAUGAUCGAUGAUCUUAAAGCUAGACUUCGAAAUCAUGAAGAUACAAUACAGACUCUUCAACGUACUAUAUCUGAUUCUGAUAGAACAUUAAGAGAAACACGUCAAAAUCAUCAAUCUAUUCAAAGUGAUUAUAAUCGAACACAACUUCGACAUGAACAAAUGGAAAAUCAAUUUAAAGGUGACUUAGAAAAUCGUGAUCAAACUAUUGCUUCUUUACGUAAAAAAUUAAUCGAUAAAGAUCAAGAAAUAGAUAAAUUACGUCAAAGUGAUAUUGCUAAAGAAGCACUUAUUAGUAAAUUACGUUCAAAAUCUCGUGAAUCCGAUCAAGAUUCACGAAGUGAAUAUUCAGGAGCACGUGCUCCUACAAAUGUUGCCUUAAGAUUAGAAAUUCAAAAGAAAGAUGAUCAAAUCGAUGAACUUAAACGACAAUUAGAUCGAACUCGUCGAGAUAUAUCUUCAAGUGGACGAGAUGACUCGUCCACUGUUCAACAUGCUCAACGAGUAGUAGUUCACCAUCGUCCUCGUUUGACCAAUUUUGAUCAUCUAAAUCGUGAAGAACUUCUAUAUGAACUUGAAAUGGCUCUACAAGACAACGAAGGAUUAGUUCAACAAUUAGCAAAAAAAACACCUAAUAUAACCGAAUUACACAAUCAACUACUUGAUUUACGCAAAGAACUAGCACGUCAAAAAUAUGUUAAUCAAGUUUUAUGGCGUAAACUUGAUGCAUUAAUUGAUAUUCAAGGUUCAAAUACACGAGCAGAAUUAGCCCUUGAAUUAGCUAAUUAUCAUGAUGAACUUGAAGCAUUAAAAGCUAAACAACAUCGUGCAAAUGAUACUCGUCUUGCUAUGCUCAAUGCUAGUUCGAGAUCAUCAUCAGGUGUUUGUUUAAAAUUGAAUAUUAGUUUAUUAAAUAAUGAUGUAUUAUUAUCGAAUACUGAAUUACCAUCGAAUGAUAUUCAAUCAAAAAUAGAAAUUUUGAAACAUUCAAAUCUUGAAUGGCAAGAAAGAUUUGCUCAUCUUAAAGAAAAAUAUUAUCAAUGUGAACGUCAAUCAAGACAUUAUUAUCGAAAAUUAAUGAAAUCUAUCAAAUUAUUAUAUGAUGCUGGUCUAAUUGAUUCUUCUUCAAUUCGACAACGUCGACAUAGUGCUGAUGAUCCUGAUCGAAAACUUUCAACAUUUAUGAAUAUGAUUAUCGCAAACGAAAAAAUUGAUAAUUCUCAUGAUAUUAAAAAUAUAGAAGAACUUCAAGAAAUAAUUCGUAAUCAAAAGAAAUAUAUUGAACAAUUACAAAUACGUGUUCGUAUAAAUACACCAGAUAUAAUUCAAUCAGGAACAUUACAACAAUUGACUGAACAAAAUAAGAAUUUAAAUCGUGUUAUUCAAACUUAUAAAAAUGAAUCAAAUAUACUUAAAAAACAACUUGAAAAACUUAAUAAAACUAGUGAAUAUAAUCAAAUAACAUUACAACAAUAUCAAAAUCUUAUUAUAAAACAACAAAAUUAUAUUGAACAAAUAAAUAAAAAUUUAUAUCAAUACGCACAAUCAUCCAAGAAAAAUGAUCUUCCGUUAAUUAUAUUCAAUGAAAAACAGAAUAAAAUUGAUGAUUUAAUAAUUGAUUUAAAUAAAACUAUUUUACAAGAAUAUGAUAAAAUAAAAAAAACAUCAUUGAACAAAAAAGAUAGCGGUGUUGAAAGUGUUAUCGACAGUACACGUUAUACUUUAACACAACAAGAAUAUCAACGACAAAUUACUGAUAAAGAUGAUCAUAUUAGACAAUUAACAAAAGAACUUAAUGAUUUGAAAAAAACUCAUGAAACUGAAUUAAAUCAAUAUCGCCUAAAAUCAGAAAAAACUCAUACUGAUUUAGUUGAUGAUUUAAAUGUUAAACAAAAUGAUUUACGUCAAGCACGUUUACAAGUUGAAUUAUUAAAAUCAACAAAAACUCAACUUGAACAAGCUCAAGAUCAAAAUCAAAGAUUACAAGCUGAAAUAAAACUUUUACAAAAUGAAAUUAUGAAUAAAAAAGCUUUAAUUGAUCAUUAUGAAAAACAAAUAAGUUUAUUAGAAAAACAAAUAUCAUCUCGUGAUGGUGGUAAAGGUGAAAUGACAAUUCGAACAAGUGAAAUGUCUGAAUUAUUAGAAGAAAUGCGUCGUCUUCGUCAUGAUCUUGAACGAAGUAUUCAUAAACAAAAUGAAUUACAAGCUAAAUUAGAUGAAAAUAUUCGUCUAACAAAAGCAGCACGUGAAUUUUCAUUUUCUGGUCGUGGUGUUUCAUAUCCUGAUCUUCGUAUUAUUGAUGGAACAAGUUCAAUAGGUGCUGAACAUAUAUCAUUAGUUAGUAUGAUGGAUGAAAAACGUUCAAGACCUCUUGGAUCAUCAACAACAGAACUUGCAACUGAACAAAUAAAUCUUGGAAAAAAAUAUAUUGUUGGUGAAUUAGAAGAUCAUGAGAAUCUUCGACGAUUAAUAGCUAACAUUAGAAUUGAAUUAAAAGCACUUGAAGUUAAACUUAAAGAAAAACUUCGAUCAAAACAUACAACAUCAAUGACUGACCCAUCAAUAGAAUGGCUUGAACAUCGUUUAAAUUCUCUUAAUCAAUGUCUUACAAGUUUAGAAGAAACUUACCGAUUAAUGGAAUCAUAUUGGUCAGCAUAUUUACCAAAUAAGAAUCGUUAUAAUGAACAUCAAUUUAAUGAUCCACGUCUUGCCAAUGAAAAUAAAGAACUUCGAAUAUCUCAAUCAAAUUAUAUGCAAGAAUUACAAAAUUUAAAACAAAAAUAUAAAGAACAAUCAGCUCAUGUAGAACAAUUACUUACUCAAUUGACAGUAAUACGGCCAACAUUAGAUGUUUUACAAAAAGCUCGUUCAAAUAUGGAACAUCAUUUAAAAGAGUCAAAUAAUAUAAAUAAUAUGUCAUCAAGUAGUACUCAAUCACAUCAUCGUCAUCGUACAAAUUGUUUAGAUUAA